AAACGUGGGUUGGUCGCCGCCGCAUUCGGUGACCAGGGCAGCGACACUGUACGAAAAGCUAGUAGUCGAUUGACGCUCGAGGAUUUGAGGUUCCUGUUUAUGGGCACGCGCGAUGAGUACUUCGACACCCAUCUGGAUGCACUCUAG